AUGGACACGCACCCAAACAGCGGCCUUGAAGAGCUCAGAGCAAAGCUUGACGAAAGGCUCAAAGACCUCCUCGCUCCCAUCGAUCUUCCAAGAUUAUCACGCCUCCCAACCUCCCGUUUCCUCCACACAGCCCUCCCAAACCUCACCCUAAUAGAACUCGUCUCCGCCUCCGCCUUCGCAGAAGAUUACAACGCCCUCUACACUUCCACAUUCCACGGCGCCGAGCGUGAACGCCCCGAUCUAAUCAUCUCCCGCCUUGCGCAAGACUCCGCCGGCCAAAGAACAGGCCUCUUCCCCUACCGCAUCAUCGGUCUGCGCGGUAACUCAGGAGAAGCACUCGGCGCAGCGCAAUUCUCCGUCCUCCUAUUCCCCACCGAAGAAGGGCAUUACGCAGUCCCCUACCUCCAAUACAUAUACAUCCGCCCCCAAAACAGACGGCAAGACCUCUCCGAGCUCCUGCACACCCUCGUCCUCGCCGUCGCCACAGCCGAGGCCGCGAAAUUUCCCUGUCCCGGUCUCGGUCACGGUCAACCAGGAGAUAAUGGGACUAACAUAAAAGUACAAGUUCCGUUUACGCUUUUUGAGACGGAGCCACCCUCCCACGGCGACGACGACGACGCGCGCGCUAUAGCUGCACAACGCACGCUUAUCCACGCCCGCAGCGGGAGUAUGGCCCUCAUGCUGCGUCGCAAAUUCCCCCUCCCAGAUAAGCAAUGGAAGUAUCUAAGCGCACACGUCCAGCCGGGUCUCGAGGCAGGCGACCCCCCUUUAACUCUGAUAUGGGUGAUCCGGCCGAAUCCCGCUCUCUCAGAAGACGCCACAAGUCCGAAGAUAGAUAUAGGAAAAUUACGUCCUGCGGUGCUCGCGGCGGUCUAUCUUAAUUUUCGACACGAGGGGUUUCCAGAGGAGAAUAUUAAGCUGGCGGAGAGUGUGGCGGGGAGGAGGAGAGUGGGGGCGGAGUUUUGCGUAAUGGAGCUGGGGAUGUGGGGGGAUGUAUCUUGGGGUGGACUAGGGAGGUGCUGGGAUUGGACGGGAUGGUGGGCGUGGAUGGUAGAGAUUCAUGACACGUGA